UGAUAAACUCAGUUUCAUCAAUGCAAGUCGCCGGUGACAGCGAACCCAUUAGGGUACAAUCCAUAGCCCAAUCGGGUCUCUUUCGAGUUCCACCCCAAUACAUCCAACCCCUUCAGAACCGACCCGUUUCCGAUGACCCACCCGACCCAAAUUCUACAAUUCCGGUCAUCGAUCUCUUCUCCUUCGACCCGAAUUACCGCGAUUCGACCCGACAAGCCAUCGCUCGGGCCUGCCGUGACUGGGGCGCCUUCCACGUCACCAACCACGGCGUUCCGAAGUCUCUCCUCGACGCCGUCCGGCGCGUGGGCCUCACCUUCUUCAACGACUGCCCCAUGAACGAGAAGCUCCGAUUCUCUUGCCCUGCCGGCGCCGCCGCAUCGGAGGGGUACGGCAGCAAGAUGCUGGUGAGUUCCGAUCAGGAACGAAACGACGCCGUCGCGCAGGUCCUCGAUUGGAGGGAUUACUUCGACCACCACACUUUUCCCCUUUCUCGCCGGAACACCAAUCGGUGGCCCGAUUUUCCGUCCGAUUACCGGGAAACGGUGGCGAGGUACGGCGAUGAGAUGAAGGUUCUGGCACAAAAGUUGCUAGCUUUGAUAUCGGAGAGUGUUGGGUUGCGAUCGUCGUGCAUUGAAGAUGGUGUUGGGGAAUUUUAUCAGAACAUUACUAUCAGCUAUUACCCUCCGUGUCCUCAACCGGAUCUAACGCUUGGUUUGCAAUCACACUCUGAUAUGGGUGCCAUUACCCUUUUGAUUCAAGACGAUGUGGGUGGUCUUCAGGUUCUCAAGAGUGGCGGUGACAAGUGGGUCACUGUUCAGCCCUUGUCAGAUGCUGUUCUUGUUCUCUUGGCUGAUCAAACUGAGAUUAUAACAAAUGGAAAGUACAGGAGCUGUGAGCAUAGGGCAAUUACUAAUCCUGAUAGAGCAAGGCUCUCUGUGGCAACAUUUCAUGAUCCAGCUAAGACAGUGAAGAUCUCUCCAGCUUCUGAACUGAUCAAUGAGUCAUCACCAGCCAAAUACCGAGAUGUUGUCUAUGGAGACUAUGUGUUAUCAUGGUAUACCAAGGGCCCUGAAGGAAAACGAAAUAUUGAUGCACUUGUGCUGGAUUCUUAGGUUAGUGUGUUUUUUCUCCUGGCCUUCGGCUGCACCUUGUUUGAUUUAGCCUUGUAAUCUUUUGGGUAAAAGGAAGUAAAAUUACUUUAUCAUGCAAAAGGUCAGGUUGACAAUAAUCAAUAUAUUGAUUCAAUGUACCUAGAAAUUAAUGGAUGGGGUAAGUGCUUUCCACCAGUUUGAUGGCUAAGCUUUCCAGAUGUUGAAAUGAUCAUCAAGAUAUUUUCUUGGUAUGCGAGAGAACUGAAUUCAAU